GAUUUGUUAGUGACUACAAAAGAUAAAACAGUAACCCCUGAUUCAAUUUGGUCCUUCUUCGAAGUUGCAUGCAUGGCAGCAGACAAGCGCAAAACACCCGCCAUAUAUCUUCUAUUGUUCGAGGCCAUAUCUCUCUCUACAUGCACUACUUUUAACCUCCAAACAAAAAAACCGCAUUCACCUUUUCAUGCUUUUCUUAAUACUACUGUUUCUUUCUUUCUUCUUCUUUUUUCUUAUGAUUUGCGUUUCCCAAAUCCUACUUACAUACCCAAGAAACAUAAAUGUUAAAAAAUCUCUGAUAUAACAGAUGUUGGGUUUGGGAUUUGAACUUUGAAAUACUAUUCUCUAUAAAACCCUUACUGUUCAGAACACAAUUUUCUUCUCUUUUGUUGUUCAUCAACAAGUUAGAUUUCGUUAGUACUAAUCUAACAGAACCAAAGAAAACAAAGAAAUUAAAAAGAUCGAUGGUGCUGCUUAUUAUAAGGUUUAAGAGUAGUUUUGUGCUUGGAAUUCUCUUCAUUCUAGUAGCAUUUAGAGAUUCUAUUAAUGCGCAUACCCAACAAGCUCUUGAGAAAAAGCCGGCGGGAACAGAGAAUGGGUUUUGGAUGAAUAGAAGGAAUGUUGUGUCAGUUGAUCAGGAAUUUUUCGAUGGUGUUCCAACAGCGGCUGAUAUGACAUCGGAAAACAACAAAAAGCUCGGAGGAAGAAAAAUGUUGGUGACCGCUGAUAACGAUAGAAAGACCACGAUAAAACACGAAAAUGCAGGACAAUUUAUUGGAGAGGCUACUACUAAGAUUUCAGGUGCUGAACAUUCUUCUGUUGGAAACACUGACAAGUCUCAAAAAGGGAAUAAUGAAGGGGGUGAGCUGAAUGUAGAAUCUAACAAAUUCAUGAGUAACACUGAUAGAAGUAGUCUGCCAGUGAAUGUUAGUCUAGGUGAUUCUAUAGCUGUGAGUGCUGAUUAUCUUGACCCAAGACCUCACCCACCUAAAAAUAACUGAUCAGAAGAUGAAGAAAUGUUGCGAGAGCAGUUUUUUUUAGACAAAGUUCUUUUUAUUUUGGUUUUCUUUUACUUUUUCCGUUUCUUCUCUUUCAGUGAAAAAAGAAGUGUCAAAUAUCACAAAUGUA